UGCUAUGAGACCUGCUCCAGCAAACAGUGAAACGGCAGCAAGCCUGAUACUGAUCGUUCUUAUCUCUUCACUUCUUCUUCAGUCCCUCGUGUAAGAUGGAGACAGAAAAUGAAACCAUCUGCUCCUCAAGCAGUUCUUCAGGAGGGUCCAGAGAAUACAAGGUGGUGAUGCUAGGAGCAGGGGGAGUUGGGAAGAGCGCAAUGACAAUGCAAUUCAUCAGUCAUCGGUUUCCUGAUUAUCAUGACCCAACCAUAGAAGAUGCAUACAAGACCCAAGUUCGGAUUGAUGAUGAAGCAGCGUAUUUGGACAUUCUAGACACAGCUGGACAGGCAGAAUUCACGGCCAUGAGAGACCAAUACAUGAGAGGAGGAGAAGGUUUCAUUAUUUGCUACUCCAUCACCGAUCGCCAAUCUUUCCAGGAAGCCGCCGAGUUUAAGGAGCUCAUCUAUAAGGUUCGGCACACCUAUGACAUCCCCCUGGUGCUGGUAGGAAACAAAAUAGAUCUGGAGCAAUUCCGACAGGUCUCCACUGAAGAGGGCUUGAGCCUGGCCCGAGAGUACACGUGUGCUUUCUUCGAGACUUCUGCAGCCCUUCGCUUUUAUAUUGAUGAUGUCUUUCAUGGCCUGGUGAGGGAAAUUCGGAAGAAAGAAUCUUCCCUCUCUCUGAUGGAGAAGAAGCUGAAAAGAAAAGACAGUCUGUGGAGGAAACUAAAGGGCUCGCUGAAGAAGAAGAGAGAAAACAUGACAUGAAAUCUCUCUAUCUCACUCUCUCAGGAGUUGAUCAAACAUAGCUGACAACUCCAGAUGUAGCAUUAUAUAACCUCUAAUUCUCAAAUCUUUUAAAAUAUGCCUGAAGGUAAAAGAAAGAGCUACAUAACUAUUUCCUGAGGUGGUUGUAUUUUGUCUUUAACUGUUUAAUGGUUUUUGUCAGUUGGCUGGAAACCCUGUUUAUUUUUUACAGUGUAUCUAUAAAUAAAAUCAACAUUCCAAAAGCCUCA